UAGGUAUACAUACUAUCUAGCGUAGCCAUCUACACACGUAAGGUAUAGUGUUGGAAGGCCUAUGUCUAUACCCCUACUAUAGCGACACUACACAAAUAAGGUAUAGUAUUCAAGGGUUUAUGUGUAUACUCAGACAUAGCGGAGCUACAAACGUACAGUAAAAUAUAUAGUACGUGUAUGCCCCUAACACAGCAUCGGAGUAGUUAUAAACAUAUAUAGUAUAGCUCAAUUAGUAAGUCUUCGACUCGCACGCACGCGUGGUUGAAUAGUGGUCACUACAGUAGCGUAUCAUACACCUGGCCUAAACUUCUCUCUGCGAUUUGCUUUCCCCAAAUCGAGAGUACAAGUAUGUAAGAUCGACUCCAUACUCUCCUUUACACACCCUUAACACGAGCAGAACCUUCACACACAUUACUACUACAGUCAGACUAUACGCACAAACCACCUACAGGUGCUGUCUAAUUCUUCACUCGCACAAGGCAGAAGUUAUCUACAAAAAAACACCUAUUAAGGCGAGAUGAGUGUGGUGGUCUGUGAUACACUUCACACUCUGAGUGCACACCUCAGAGGCCCCAGUCGGAUACUCUCCCAGUACGCAGCGGUGCAAUGUAGGCGUAUAGUAGGUAGUCAUAUGCACAUACCGAGACAGACAGGGUCGUAUGUAUAUGCACAAGGCCGGUUAUUUUCCACAGCACACACACACACACACACACACACACGUACACGUUGGCACCAUGGGUUCACACCCACACCAGUGUAUGUACCUGUGCGAGUUGGUGGUGUGUCAAUUAGGCGAUGGUGUGCGUCGGCAGCGGAAAAGGCCGCCACACCUCACAACCCUAUACACCGCAACACAGAUACACUCAGGCACAGUGUGAGUACAGGAGGUGGCAGUAUCAGCCCACCGGGCAACGCCGUCAAUAGUGCGCAUAUAAGGACGCCCAAAGACUUCAUGCGUGCGAGUGAGCAGUCGCGUAGCAGGGCCCAAGGACAAGCGCGUGCGAAGGAACACGCACAAACACACACACACACGCAUGCAAAGGCACACGAAAGGCACACGAAAGUCGAUGCCGCAUCGGGUCCAACGGGCCAUGCACACGCAAGUAAGUCAAGCACAGAGUCGGUUGCUAGUGCAAAGAAGCCUGCGGGUGGUGCGGAUGUAGGUAGCGGUGUAGGUAGUGGUGUAGGUAGCGGUGUAGGUAGUUCUGUGGUUGCGCCUGUGCCUAAACUGACGAUAUGGCAGAAGGUUAAGCACGAGAUAGAACACUACUACACUGGGUUCAAGCUCUUCUUCAUCGAUGUCAGAAUCUGUGCAAGAUAUCUCAAUCAGUCCUUUCAAGGCGAGACUCUCACUCGCCGCCAACGCCGCCAGCUAGUGCGUACUACGGGAGAUAUCUUCCGUCUGGUGCCGUUCAGCGUGUUUAUUAUCAUCCCGUUCAUGGAGUUUCUGUUGCCCGUGGCUCUGAAGCUGUUCCCAGGCAUGCUGCCCAGUACCUUUGGUACCAAGGGGACCAGAAACGAGGCCAAUCUGAAACAGCUCAAAGUCAAGCUGGAGAUGGCCAAGUUCUUGCAGGACACGGUGGAAGAUUUGGCUAAGAAAUCAUCGUGCGAGAAACAGGACGACGGAAGCGUUUCGAAUUUGGCUGACCUCAUGGCUCGAAUGCGCGAUCCAGACAACGAUGACAACGUGAGUACAGCUGAGCUGCUGAAGUUCAGUAGGUUGUUCGAAGACGAGCUGACUCUGGACAACUUAGAUCGCCCUCAGUUGGUGGCGUUGUGUCGCAUGUUGAACCUCAACACCUACGGCACUAUCUCUCUCCUUCGAUUCCAAUUGAGAACCUGUUUGAGGCAGUUGUCGGCGGAUGAUGUCAUGAUCACAAAGGAAGGCAUCGACACACUCACUGUAGGCGAGCUGCAGUACGCAUGUGCUGAGCGCGGCAUGCGGUCAAUGGGUCUGCCCCUCUCGCGCCUACAACACCAACUGGAGCAAUGGAUUGAACUCAACAAAGCCGGGGUGCCCGCGUCUUUGAUCCUGCUAUCUCGCACCCUCUACCUUAACGGAGAUGUGGACAAAACGGCCCUAAAAGACACUCUGUCGAACCUGAGUGAUAAUUUGGUACGUCUGUGGUUUCGAGGCGGUCUGUAUGUGUAG